AUGGAGCAACAGAUCGUCGAGCUUUUGGAGUUCCUUCACCACCCAAGAACAGAGAUCCGAGCACUUGCUGUACAGCAAUUGACGGCAUUGACCCCCAAGACGGCUCCUACCUUUGCCUUUCUUGUCAGCAAGCGUGAUACAUUGGUCAACGACUUGAAGUCCCUAUGUCACGAAGAUACAGUUGUUGCUCAUGAAGCUAUCAAGAGCUUGAUCAAUCUUUCAGCCGAUCCACGUAUCCAAGAAUUGCUCGACGACAAGUUCUUCAUUCACCAUCUUUGUUUAUUGAUCUUGAUUCCCGAUUCGGUAUUGGCCGAUGCUGCUUGUAUGUUGUUAUCCAACAUGACAAAGUACGAGCCUACUUGUGUCCGUGUCUUGGAAGGUGAAGCCAAGCCAUUGCCUGGUCUAUCUGAAUCGACACGUUUGCUGGAUCAUUUGGUUGAGGCAUUCCAUCGUGGUCAUAAGCGAGCAUACAAUCCCAAGGCCGAAUUCAACUUUUUGGCUAGUGUCUUUGCUAAUGUUUCUGGUAUCCGUGCUGGUCGUGUUUACUUUUUGGAGAAUGCAGCUCACGACAAGCUUGCACCAUUGACUAAGCUCCAAAUCUUUACCGAAGAUCCCAAUGUCAUUCGUCGUGGUGGUGUCGAUGCUACCAUAAAAAAUUGCUGCUUCGAGACACGACAACAUGAGCGUAUUUUGGAUGCAGAGCAGCUUAAUACUCUUCCUUUCAUCUUACUGCCGCUCUGUGGUAACGAAGAAUAUGAUAUGGAGGAAUUUGAGCAAUUCCCUGAAGAGAUUCAAUUGUUGGAUGAUGACAAGAAACGUGAAUCUGAUUCAGUAUUGCGCUUGUUACUUUGUGAAUCCUUGUUGUUAUUGACACACACUCGGUUUGGUCGAGAGUAUUUGCGACAAAAGCAAGUAUAUCGAGUUAUCCAACGAUUGCAUGCACAAGAAAAGGAUGACAAGAUCAAGGAGAAAUGUGAGGCCAUUGUGGAUAUGCUUAUCCGUGAAGAGAAGGGUGCCGAAGUGAGCGAGAUUAAAGAGCAAGAAGAAGAGGAUGAUGAAGAUAUGGUCAUUGAAGAAAUCGUUUAA